UGCGUCUUUUAGUUAUGUUUCGAAUUUAGACUCAGACAGUUCAAGUUUUUAUCCGGCAAAAUGUUACCCAUUGCUCUGUUAUGCGUAUUAGCCAUUUUCUUCCCAGUUUCACAAGGGAAUAAGGUUGAAGAUCUUUCAGAAAAAGAAGAUGUCUCUAAAGGUGACUUGAUGCUAUUAAAGGAAUUCAAAUUGAGAGAAAAAAGAGGAGUUUGUAAGGACGAAAGUGCAUACUGUGAUUCAUAUAAGAGUUACUGUAACGACCCGUUGUACAAAGAUUAUCUGAAGGAAAACUGCAAAAAGACCUGUAACUUGUGUGGAAAAGAAUGCGCUGACUUGAUGGACUGCGAAGUAUACAAAAACUAUUGCGAUCAUAAAGACUACAGUAAAUCAUUGAAAUAUUAUUGUAGAGCAAGUUGCGGUUUUUGUAAAGUUCCAACACCCGCCCCGCCAGCAACAACUCGUCCACGGACGGACCAACCAAUUGAUCAAGGGAAUGUCGAGUGCGGCACAAGGAACUUAGGAAACAGAAUAGUUGGGGGCACUAAUGCUAAACCAGGGGCUUGGCCGUGGCAAGUAACAAUGGACUAUAAGGGACAUGCUGAGAAACCCCACUGGUGCGGAGGCUCAAUUGUGUCGCCUCAGUGGGUUGUGUCAGCGGCUCACUGUUUCGCGUAUGGCGAUGAUCCUAAUCAGUAUACUAUUGUAGCAGGGGAUCAUGAUCUGAACGGGAAAGAGGGAUAUGAGCAAAACAUUCCAAUCGAAAAAAUCAUCAAGCAUCCGAGCUACGCUCCGCAUCAAAACGAGGACUACGACUUGGCUCUUAUUAAGCUCCAGUCUCCACUCACUUACAAUAGACGCGUGAGGCCUGUGUGCUUGCCUAAGUUUGACUUUGGCGUUGGAACCCAAUGUUUCGUCACAGGCUGGGGCCAUACGAAAGAAGGAGGGGACAUCCCGCAGAUUCUACAACAAGUAGGAUCAGAAGACGAUUUUCAUAGCUCAUGGGUUACUAUCACAUACCACAGUCAGCCCAAGCUUAUCCUAAAGAAUAAAAAGGAUGCACCUGCUUUGGUGGCGGGUAUUACAAGAUAA